AUGGCUGGAUAUGAUGAAAUACGUCAUUUUGGCUCUCUUAAAGUGUUUGGUUUAAUUUGGACACAAAAACAGAAAUCAUGUCAGACCUUAAGAAAAAAAGUAGAACAAGAAACACCAAAUAAAAGCUCGGAGGAGAGACAACAUGGCCGGAUGAUGGCUGGAUAUGAUGAAAUGCGUCAUUUUGGCCAUCAUAACGAAAGUUCGGAGGAGAAACAAUAUGACCGUCAUGUUGGAUUGUAUGAAAUAUAUCACAGGAGUCCUUUUGGAAUGUUUGGUUCAAGUUGGAAACAAAAACAGAAAUCAUGUCAGACCUCAAGAAACAAAGUAGAACAAGAAACACCAAAUAAAUGCUCGACAUAUAUACUACAGAUAUCGAGUCAGACAACAACCAGAGAAGAACAAGAAACACCAAACAAACCCUGUGUUAGAGGCAAGGACUUCAUCAUUAAAUUUGAAAAGAAUGAUGUAAAACGGAGGGGUAAAAUCCCGAGCUGGCACGAGAAAAUAUUGACGAAAAACUUCCUGAUGAUCAUGGAGAAUAUUCGAGUUGAAAAAAUCAUAGAUCAUCUGUUUAGUACAGAAGUUAUAGAUUUGAAUGAGAUGGAUGAGAUAGAAUCGAAAUUAAGAUCAGAAGGCAAUCGCAAAGUUCUUAGAAUUGUUGUACAUAAAUAUAGUUGGGGAUUUAUGGAAGAAUUAUCUAUAUCUAAUUUCUUUUCACUGUAUGAUAUACCUCUCUUUCUGAUUGACUGGUGUGGGUAUAUGGGAUAUUGA